AUGUUCACCCAACUCCUCGCCGCCGCCUUCUUUGGCUCUGCCAUCACCGCAUACGCUGCUCCUCAGCCGCGCGACACCAACAGCUCCGAUCCCUUGCCUUUCCCAGACGGGUUUCCCAAUCCCAGCGACGCCCAGUUGCAACAAAUCUUCAUCGACGCUCAUGGCACGCUCUCUAACUCGACCCCACCUGCUAACAUCUCCGCACAAGGUCUGGUCAACUUGCGCCUGCUCGACUUCGCCGAGCGCAUCGAGGCUGUUUACUUCGAGGAGUUCUUGUCGAAUGUGACUACUGGAGUGGCUGGCUACGAACUACCAUCCUGGGUCGACUACAACUACUUUGUCAACUUCCUCAAUGUCACCCAGCACGUCGAGGAACUGCACAACUUGGACGCCGUCACCGCUCUGGCGCACUUCAACCAGACCGCCAUCCAGCCCUGCACGACAUACAACUUCCCUGUGUCUAACUUCAACGAGUCCGUAACUCUUGCGAUGACGUUCACUUCCAACGUCUUUGGCCUGCUUGGCGAGAUCGCGCAGAUCUUUGCUCAGAAUGGAGAUGUCGGACUUACGAGGCACAUCGUCCAAAUUGUGGCCAAUGAAGGAGAGCAAAACGGAUUCUUCCGUUACCUGCUGGGCAAGGUCCCCGACGAGCUGCCGUUCACGACCGUGUCAACGCGUGAGUUCUCGUUCACUGCCCUGCAGGGUUUCGUCGAUCCGACCUCCUGCCCGAACAUCGACAUCAUUGCUGCGGAUCUCAAGACUUUCGACGCACUCACGCUGCUCGACACCCCCGAGGCUAAAACCGAGACGAUCCGCUUUGCUGUCGCCAGUGACAAAUACGUGAACGGGACGAACUACAGUGUCGUCUACACGAACCAGCUUAACGUGCCCGUUGUCGAGCCUGCGACUUACGUCUCCGCCGACAACACGUCUGUGACUCUCAGCGCCACCUUCCCGUACGACGCGCAGUUGCUGAACGGGUUGACCAUUGCCGCUGUCGUGAAUGGCAGCGGGCCGUUCGCCGACGUCGAUGCUGUCGCUGCGGCCGCUAUAUGGGCCCCAGCCUUCAUUGUCGUCAACUAA